AGUUCUGGGUAGGCAGGCUCGGACUUGCUCUCAGACCACAAUCCCCGACAAGCCCCGCGCGUCCGGCGUCGAUUCACGCUAAGGCUGCGCGGGGGCCGGGGCUGCGGUUGGGGAGGUGCGUUCCCAACGGUUCCCGCGGCGGUUCGAACUCGGCGCAACCGGGAUUGCCAUAGUGUGUUUGGCGUUCGGCGCUUGGGGCCGGGGAGAGGGUCGUAGGUUUCCGAACGCAGAGGAGAGCGCGGCGUGCGCCGUCGUCGGUGGGUUUCUCUCACAGCUACGACUUGUGGUGAGCUACUGCCCCUGGAGGGUGGGAACUGGCCUGAGGAGGUACAGGUGUUUCCCUGUCGGUUCCCUUGGAUGCGUUUAAUCUAGUCCUCGCCCUCGCGGCUCACGCUCCUCUGCAGGGUCGUAUUUUAGUAGAAGAAAAAUCGGGAAGGAAGUUGUUCAUGUUUUCCUCCACUGCUUCCAGAUGAACGAAGGACCGGUCCUAUCAAACUGAGCAUUCUUGAUACAGAACAGUACGAUAUAAAGCCUUGAAUGGCCUUCCAAAAUGCGGAAUCCUUUUCGACUACAGCCCAUCUUUUUUACAUACAGCGAGUAUAAUGAACACUUGUUCUUCGGUGUGAUGUGUGUGCCUGUGUAUGCCUGCAAACGCAUUGUAAUUAAGGCCCGAAGAUGUCAGGGCCUGUAAGAAGCAUGAUGUGCUUUUCCACGUAUGUACAGGCGAUGAAGCUAGACUUUUAUAACUAAGCUGAAGGGAGGAGAAAUCUUUGAGGGUAUUAAAUGGCCCACUAGGAAAAUGAAAAUAUAUUCGCAUAUCAGACGUUUUCAUUGAUCCUUUAAAAGGGUGAGAGAAUUCUUGGGUUAAAAUUUACAUAAACCUGAUUCAGUUGAAACAAAAUGGCAUGUUAGAAUUUUCCUAAAUUUUCUUUACCCUUCUUCCUUCACCAUGCUGUAGGUAACUAGAGUUGCUGGAAAAAAACAGAGUGGGGACCUGAACCUUUGGGAGAGUCUUCUCAUUUAAGCAGAAGCAAAUUUUUGGAAACAAAAGAGGGAAGAGGAAAGAAAUAUUUUCUUUACUAAGAUUCCAUAGUAUAUAAUUUCGUGCAACAGUUUAUUCCAGUAAGAUGAAAGUUUUCUUUUUAAUCUUCCUCAUCUGAGAAAUUUUGAGUGUGGAGUAAAUUUGUUAUUUUAGCUAGGUGAGGGGAAAGAAGGACAGUUUUGUAAUCAUCGUUUAGUCACUGAAAAUAUUGGGUUUCUGUAAGUGCCUUAGAGUCCUGACUAUAAUACACAGGACUCCUAACCUUUUGGAGCUUGAGAUGUCGUCAGAAUUCUAGAAGGGUGAUCAGAAAGAAGCUUCAAUGACAAAGGUAAAUGGGAUCUGGAAGAGGAAUGUAAUUUAAAGAUUAUGCAGGAAGAUGGAGUAGUAGAGACUGUAAAGCUUUUAUUUAAGUUGUAUUAUUAAUAAUAUGUCUUAGUACACAAUAAUUAUGAAUAUUAAUUAUUAGUAAUAAAAUGUAUUUAUCAUGAUUUUUUAAUGUGCAAAGCUACUUAGUAGAGAAUUUGACAACCCUUAAGAUACCCAUCAGUUGAAGAAACAAAAACUUUUCCUAUUUAUUUUUGUGAGUUAACCUGCUAAAUGUCAUUUUGAUCUCUGUGGUUGUUAUGUGAAUGUGAGUAUAUGGUUUUAAAUUUAUAGCCAUGGUGAAUAGAAGGGGAUAACCUUUAUCUGGUAAUAAAUUACCUUUAGGAAAAUAUGAAUGUUACGAUACCAGUUUUGUCAGAUGUUCAGAGCUUAUAACAUGAUCAAGUUCAAACACUUCAUACUGAAAUUAAUUUAUAAUAAAUAAGAAAACUGCAGUGUGACAUAAUUAAAAGAUCUUUGUGUCAUGAUGGCCUAGGUUCAAAUCUUGGUUCCACCAUUUACAGUUUUUGUGAGCUUGAGUAAGUUAUUUAGAGAAGGAAAUGGCAGCCCACUCCAGUAUUUCUUGUUUGGAAAAUUACACGAACAGAGGAACCUGGCGGCCUACAGUCCAUGGAGUUGGAAAGAGUCAGACGUGAUUGAGCAUGCGCACACAUGCAAGCAAGUUAUUUGGCUCAUUCUUAGUUUCUUCAUCUUUAACAUCAAAUAGAAACAGUUUACACACUUCUUAGAAACAUUGAAGAUGGCUGGAAAAGGGGAAUUGUAGUCCCUGGCUUAAAUGAAAAAUUGAUUCAUUGAAAUUUUGUUGAACUUUCCAUUAUGGCUUUACCCUGCAGAGAAAUUGAUUAUUGCUGGCUGUUUUGCUUUGUUUAAAAUUACCAUGAAAGAUUUCACAACAUUUGAAAUAGAAAAAUAAUAACUUGAGUUAAGUUUUAUUAGUGUGAGAGAAUUUUGACUGACAUCACAGAUUCUUUCAGGCAAGGUACAAGAAAUUAAUUUCUUUUUUUAAGAAAUGGAAUCUAGUUCAUCAGACUUCUAUAAUAAAGAUAAUGAAGAAGAAAGUUUGCUGGCAAAUGUUGCUUCCUUAAGACAUGAACUGAAGAUAACAGAAUGGAGUUUGCAGAGUUUAGGGGAAGAGUUAUCUAGUGUUAGUCCAAGUGAAAAUUCUGAUUAUGCUCCUCAUCUCUCAAGGUCUGAAAGACUCAUUUUGGAAGAUCUUUCUCAUCCUAGCCAUCUCGGACUUUUGAAUUACUCACCUCAUAAAAGAGUUUGUAAAAUGCCCAAUAGUGGUACUGAUUUUCAAAAAAAGCCAAGAGAUAAGAUGUCGUUUUCAUCUUCUACCCCUGUGGAUCAGGAAAUCAGAAGUCUUCGAGAAAAACUUAAUAAACUUAGGCAACAGAAUGCUUGUUUAGUUUCACAGAAUCAUUCUUUAAUGACUAAAAUAGAAUCUGUCCACUUUGAAUUGACACAGUCAAGAGCAAAAGUUUCUAUGCUUGAAUCUGCUCAAAAACAGGCAGCCAAUGUACCAAUCUUAGAAGAACAGAUUAUAAAUUUGGAAGCAGAAGUUUCAGCCCAAGAUAAAGUUUUGAGAGAGGCAGAAGAUAAAUUAGAGCAGAGUCAGAAAAUGGUAAUUGAAAAAGAACAGAGUUUGCAGAAGUCCCAAGAGGAAUGUAUAAGGUUGAAGGUGGACUUACUUGAACAAAGUAAACAAGGAAAGAGAGCUGAACGACAAAGGAAUGAAGCACUGUAUAAUGCUGAAGAGCUAAGUAAAGCUUUCCAACAUUAUAAAGAAAAAGUGGCUGAAAAACUGGAAAAGGUUCAAGCUGAAGAAGAAAUAUUAGAGAAAAAUCUAAUUAAUUGUGAAAAAGAAAAUAAAAGGCUACAUGAAAAGUGUGGUCUGUAUAAAAAUGAACUUGAAAUUCUAAAAGAGAAAUUAAGGCAGUUAAAAGAAGAAAAUAAUAAUGGGAAAGAAAAAUUAAGGAUCAUGGCAGUGAAAAAUUCAGAAGUCAUGGCACAACUAACUGAAUCUAGACAAAGUAUUCUGAAGCUAGAGAGUGACUUAGAGGACAAAGACGAAAUACUUAGAGAAAAAUUUUCUCUGAUGAAUGAAAACCGAGAAUUAAAAGUUCGUAUUGCAACACAGAAUGAGAGACUGGAUUUGUGUCAGCAGGAAAUAGAAAGUUCGAGGGUAGAACUGAGAAGUUUGGAAAAAAUUAUGUCCCAGUUGCCUUUAAAAAGAGAAAUAUUUGGUUUUAAAUCACCUCUUUCUAAGCACCAGAUGAGUAGUUUGUCAAAUAAGCAAGACAGUUACAUUGGCUGCUGUGAGACAAAUAAAAUGGUGAUUUCGGAAUUGAGGAUUAAACUUGCAAUAAAAGAGGCAGAAAUUCAGAAGCUUCAGGCAAACCUGACUGCAAAUCAGUUAUCUCACAAUCUUACUGCUUGUAAUGACUACCAAGAAGGUCGCAAAUUAAAUAGUUUAGAAAUAGAACCUGUAAAACUAGGUAAUCAAGUAGAAAGUUUAAAAGAUCAAAAUCAGCAUACUAUGAACAAGCAAUAUGAAAGAGAAAGGCAAAGACUUGCUUCUGGAAUAGAAGAAUUACGUGAUAAGUUGAUGCAAAUAGAAGCUGAGAAUUCUGAUCUGAAGGUUAACAUGGCACACAGAACUAGUCAGUUUCAACUCAUUCAAGAGGAGCUGCUAGAGAAAGCUUCAAACUCUAGCAAACUUGAAAGUGAAAUGACAAAGAAAUGUUCUCAACUUUUAACUUUAGAAAAACAGCUAGAAGAAAAAAUAGUUGCUUAUUCCUCCAUUGCUGCAAAAAAUGCAGAACUGGAACAGGAACUUAUGGAAAAGAAUGAAAAGAUUAGGAGCCUGGAAACCAAUAUAAAUACAGAGCAUGAGAAAAUUUGUUUAGCUUUUGAAAAGGCAAAGAAAAUUCAUCUUGACCAGCAUAAAGAGAUGGAAAAGCAGAUUGAAAGACUUGAAUCUCAACUAGACAAAAAAGAACAACAAUUUAAAGAACAAGAAAAGACUAUGUCUGUGUUGCAGCAAGAUAUAAUAUGUAAACAACAUCAUCUUGAAUCACUAGACAGACUCUUGACAGAAAGCAAAGGGGAAAUGGAAAAGGAAAAUAUGAAGAAAGAUGAAGCUUUGAAAGCAUUACAGAACCAAGUAUCUGAAGAAACGAUCAAGGUCAGACAACUAGAUUCAGCAUUGGAAAUUUGUAAGGAAGAACUUGCCUUGCAUUUGAACCAAUUGGAAGGAAAUAAAGAAAAGUUUGAAAAACAGCUAAAGAAGAAAUCUGAAGAGGUAUAUUGUUUACAGAAAGAGCUGAAGAUUAAAAAUCACAGUCUUCAGGAAACUGCUGAGCAAAAUGUUAUUCUGCAGCAUACUCUUCAACAACAACAGCAGAUGUUACAACAAGAGACAAUUAGAAAUGGAGAGCUAGAAGACAUUCAAACUAAACUUGAAAAACAGGUAUCAAAACUGGAACAAGAGCUUCAGAAACAAAGGGAAAGUUCAGCUGAAAAGUUGAGGAAAAUGGAGGAGAAAUGUGAAGCAGCUACAUAUGAAGCAGAUUUGAAAAGACAAAAAAUUAUUGAGCUUACUGGUACUACCAGGCAAGUAAAACUCGAGAUGGAUCAAUACAGAGAAGAGCUAUCUAAAAUGGAAAAAGAAAUAAUGCACCUAAAAAGAGAUGGAGAAAAUAAAGCAAUGCAUCUCUCUCAGUUAGACAUGAUUUUAGAACAGACAAAGACAGAACUAGAUAAGAAAACAAAUGCUGUGAAGGAUUUAGAAAAGUUACAGCACCACACUGAAACUGAGCUAACAGAAGCCUUGCAGAAACGGGAAGCACUAGAGACUGAACUGCAAAAUGCUCAUGGAGAAUUAAAAAGUACUCUAAGACAACUCCAGGAAUUGAGAGAUGUUCUGCAGAAGGCUCAAUUAUCAUUAGAGGAAAAAUAUACUACAAUAAAGGAUCUCACAGCUGAACUUAGGGAAUGCAAGAUGGAGAUUGAAGACAAAAAGCAAGAACUUCUUGAAAUGGAUCAGGCACUUAAGGAGAGAAAUUGGGAGCUAAAGCAAAGGGCAGCUCAAGUUACACAUUUGGAUAUGACUAUUCGUGGGCACAGGGGAGAAAUGGAACAGAAAAUAAUUAAACUAGAGGGUACUGUAGAGAAAUCAGAAUUGGAACUUAAAGAAAGCAGCAGACAGAUAGAAAGUUUGAAUGAAAAAUUGCAAAAUGCCAAAGAACAACUUCGAGAAAAAGAGUUUAUAACACUACAGAAUGAACAAGAGAUAAGUCAACUGAAAAAAGAAACUGAACGGACACAACAAAAGAUGAAAGAAAUGGAGAGUGUUAUGAAAGAGCAGGAACAGUACAUUGCAACUCAAUACAAGGAGGCCAUAGAUAUGGAGCAAGAAUUGAGACUAACUCGGGAGCAGAUGCAGAACUCUCAUACAGAAUUGGUGGAGGCUCGUCAUCAACAAGUCCAAGCACAGAGAGAAAUAGAAAGGCUCUCAAAUGAACUUGAGGAAAUAAAGCAACUCUCUAAAGAGAAAGAAGCUCAUGGAAAAUAUUUAGCUGAAGAAUUGGGGGCUUCUCAAGUACGUGAAACUCAGCUAGAAGCAAGAAUGCAAGCAGAAAUCAAGAAAUUGUCAACAGAAGUAGAAUCUCUCAAAGAAGCAUAUCAUCUAGAGAUGAUUUCACAUCAGGAAAACCAUGCAAAGUGGAAGAUUUCUGUUGAUUCUCAAAAGACUUCUGUUCAGCAAUUAAAUGAACAAUUAGAGAAAGCAAAACUAGAAUUAGAAGAAGCUCAGGACACUGUAAGCAGUUUGCAUCAGCAAGUCCAAGAUAGGAAUGAAGUAAUUGAAGCUACAAAUGAAGCAUUACUUAUUAAGGAAUCAGAAUUAACCAGAUUACAAGCCAAAAUUUCUGGACAUGAAAGGGCAGAAGACAUCAAAUUUCUACCAGCCCCAUUUACAUCUCCAGUAGAAAUCACGCCUGAUAUUCAAGAUUCAAAAUUAGCUAAGCAUUCUCACACAGCUUUUUUCAAGUGUAGAAAACUACGUCGCUCUAUUAGUGCCAGUGAUCUUAGUUUCAGAACUCAUGGUGAUGAAGAUCUUUCUGAAGAAUUACUACAAGACUUAAAAAAAAUGCAAUUGGAACAACCUUCAACGUUAGAAGAAAGCCAGAGGGAUCUAACUUAUGCCCAGUCAGACUCAUUUAAACCUCUCACAUAUGAUGAUAAUUCUGAGAAUAAUGACUUCAGUACUCUGAGUGGAAUGCUAAGAUACAUAAACAAAGAAGUGCGACUAUUAAAAAAAUCUUCUAUGCAAACAGGUGCUGGUUCAACUCAGGGAGAAAAUUUAUAGUUAAAAGAAGAUGCUGAUGUGAUGAAAAGUGGAAUUUUUGAGUUUUAGCUGGGCCCAGUGGCCAGACACUAUAUUUCCCAGCCUCUUCAGUGACUAAGUUCUUAUCAGAAGGCUACAAGCAGAAAUGUGUAUAACUUCAGGCCUGGGCAUUAAAAUAUUAUAUAUGUGCUCCUCCAAGGUCUUUUCCGUUCUCUUAAGCUGGAAUUGCCUGCAACCCGACGUCAAUCAUGUAGAUGAGGAAAACACCAUAGGAGAUGGCAGAAAAACGAAAUAGAAAGAACCUGGAUGCCUAUGUGACCUCAAGCAUUCUCCUUGGAUGAAUAAGAGAAAAAUAAAAUUCUGUCUUUUUGAAACCACCGAAUAUUGAGGAUCUGUUUGUAAAGUAGCUUAACCUUACCCUAAUUUUACGCCAUUGCCUAAAGAUUCUUUAUAUUAAUCUUUAUCUCCACAUGGAUCAAAUCUUCACUACUCCUAAGGCUAUUCUGACACCCACAUGCAGAUAGAUAUUUUGCAGGUGACUUUACCUCCUCCUCCAGAGAAAGAAUGGCAGCCAUCAAAGAAUUUCUACAGCUUCCUGCCCCUUCAUUUACAAACUUAAUCUGCACUUGGUUUACCUCUUGUUCACCUGAGUGAAGUUUAGGUUUCCCUCUAGGUAAUCUGUUUACCUUUAUUUUGAAUCCCUCUCUGUAUCCUCAGGGACUUAUCCCCUUCAUCAAUAAUUUCCUCUCAUCUCUCUUGUCAACUGUUAAUUUUUUUUUUCCCAUCAACAUUAAAUAUAUCCUAGUCUCACCUAACCUAAAAAAGAAAAAUCUUUUCCUCAAUCUCACAUCCUCAGUCUAGCUGCCAUUCCAUCAUGUACUUACAUGGCCCAUAUUCUUGAAAGCGUUGAUUAAAUUAGCUGUUUCUGUUUCAUUUCCCCUCCCUUCUCAUGUGCCUGCAAGAGAUCCAGCUUUUUUGGUUAUUUCCCAGACAUAUCCCAGAACCUUUAUAUCCUUUAAAUUCAUUCUAGUUGUCAGAUGUCACCUUAGCCAGAGAGGCAAAGCUAACAGGAUAAGUAUCCUGGUUGGCCAUAGCAAACAUUUGAUUUAUUUUAGAACUAUUCAAAAGAUGCAUGCAUAAUAGAUGAGAUGAUAUUUUGUUUUCAGUAGAUGUCCAAUUCCACUUUGUUCGGAUUCCAUUAUCAUGUAAUCUUAUAAGUAUACAUUUGCUUCACACAAGC